AAUAAGCAUAUGCCUUAUGGAAAUGACCAGAUGUUGAAGAACGAAAUCACUUGUAUAUUAUUUAUUAUAUUAUGAUCUCAAGUUGACUCAUGGUUUCUUUUAAAGUGAUUAGUCUUGUACUUGCAGCAGAUUUGCUUAGUAAUUGUAUACAAGCUUAAAUAGAUAAACACAUGCUAUUUAAUUUUACUAACCCUUUAUAUAUAUAUAUAUAGAUAUAUAUUUUUCACUCUCUUUACUGGCUACAAGCUCUUGAAAAAAUGUCAGUAGACAGCAACCUAACCCGACAAAUACAUGGAUUCUGACUGAUUAUAUGGAAACACUUAGAGCUGUAAUCUUUGCAAUAUGGGAUGUAUUUUGAGCUGAACAUCUUUAAUUAUGGCAUAUAUCCAUAUUGUAAUAAAUCUGAUUCAGGUUUGAAUGAUGGGUUCUAUAUAAUAUAUCAGCAAAGGAGUUGACGUUGAAUUUAAAGCUGUCUGAUUAGUAGGUGCUGGACUCUACAUUUCUCAUAUAUUUUCAUAUCACCUUUGAAGAAGGUUUGCAGAAAGAUUACCUCUUUGUGUUCUCGUGUUGUCUUUUGUUAGCAUUUUAGUGAUUUCACUUCUUUUCAAAUUGUUGCUUACUAUAUUCCACAUUUUAAAUUUCUUUACCGGGAGGAUUACAAUUUCAUCUUGGGUGGCUAACCAGUUGUAAGAUGUGUGAGCUUGUGUUGCAGACUACAUCACAUGGAAAUCUUGUUUUUCUUGUCUUGCACUAUAGGCUGGUUGCAAACUUUUUCAUUUUGUUCUUAGGCAACUCAGAAGUAAACUUGAAAAUCAUUACUCCUUUGGUGUGUAAUUUCUUUCCCAGUUUGAUUUUAGUCAACUCAGUAGAUGAGUGAAGGAUUCGACUAAGGAGGAGCAUUGCAGCUAGUUGUGCAAUUUGUUACCUGGAAGAAAGUAAGACAAAUUAGUCCACUAAGUUGAAGGCUAGAAGCUAGUAUUAUUACAAUUUAAAAGCUUUUUCAGGAGGCAGGGCAAUCCAGGAAAAUCGAGGUUAGAAAAAUAGCCUGAAGGAAAUACUUCAGGAUCCUGGUGCAUUUUAGUUUUUGAAUAUUCGUAAUCUAUUUUGUCUCACGUGUGUGAUCUCGUAAAUGUACUUCUAGGCUCUAGCACAUCCAACAUGAUGAUGAUGUGAUAUUUUAUGGACGUACUUGUGCUUUUGCUCAGAUAUCUUAGUGGAAACUGCAUGUUCAGUUGGUAAUUGAAUGAAUGGAGUCCACUUCUCAUGGUCCAAGAAUAUUGAUACUUCAAAUUGAAGCAUACUGCAACGAGUUCGUUCGUCUCAAGCAUUCCUCCUGCCCUCUCCCUCGAAGGGGUACAUGUAUGAUAUGCCCGCUACCUCUUCCCUUUUGAUCCUGACUUAUACUGGUCUGGUGAUCAUGAUCAUGAUCAUGAUCAUGCCUAUGACUAUGACCAUGACCAUGAUCCACUAGGUAUUGCUGAAAACCAUAGCUUAAGACUUGCAUGGGUUGUUGGUAAUGUAGGCAUCAUGCUAGUGUUACAAGUUGGAAGUAGCGUAAAGAUAGCAUUUUUUGUACACUUUCAUGGAACUCAAUCUUGCCCCCUUGCUUUGUUUCGUAUCUUACUAGUUUAAGCUAGUUUUGAUUUAUGCGCAAACGUCACUGGUGAACCGUGAUGAAGCAUAAGUGUAGGUUUAAGGUUUUUUUAUUUAUAUGUUUUUGGUAAAGUGGUAUAGUUAAAAAUUUAUGUUAAUUAAGUUUAAAGUGAGCAUACACAAACAAGAUAUUUUUUCUUGCUUGGGCUGCUUCAACGCUACCACACGUGGCCCUUAAGUAGAUUUUCACUGGGUGGAUUGUUUCCAUUGUAAAUUUACCAGGUAUAAAUCUACGAAAGACUAUUAUAGAGUUGCUACUUGCUAGAGCCUCUUAACACACACCAGUCGAACAACGACAACGAAUGCAUCGUAGACUCUGGAAAUAGGUUAGAAGGGCACCGCCCAGGAGCCAAUCCCUAAGGGCUCAAAAUAUUAAAAUUACGCUUUUGAUGUUUAUUCUAAAAAAAUAUUUUUCAAACUCAAUAUUUAUAUUAGCAACUUAAAAUCCAAAAUAGUGGGUGAGAGGAAAAAAUAGUGUAGUAAAUUUUCUUGAAGAACUCAAUAAGCAUUUAAUUCUCAUUUUCCAUUCCACAAACAGCACAUCUCUUGCACAGGAAAAUAAUGUCCAUCAUGGCAGCCAAGCUGUCUGAAAUACUGUAGGGGCUAUUGCUUUUUAGCUACCUGUCUCACUCUAGUUGUAAUCUAAGUAUCUAACUCUUAGUACAACAAGUGUAGGACACCCACUCCCCUUUCUUGAAUGCAGAAAGACUGAAAGAGGUGAAGAGAAGGCUUUAUCUUCACUGCAAAUAAAGUGAUCAUCAUAUUUCCAGAUUGUAUCGUACUAUGAUUGUUCAUUUACUAUGGCUUUAUGAGAUGAAAAAAUGUGGGGAACUAGAGAGAAGAAAAACCCCUUCUGAAGUAAAAUUCCUGCAUCAGAAAUUACCCUUGCAGCUGGAUGUUUGGGAAGGAAAAAAAAGCAGACCUUUGUCUUAUCUGGGAGAAGGUGAUUCUGAUUGCAAAAUUGUAUUUUAAUUUUAUAAGUGUUUUAAUAUAAAUUUUGACUAAUUCAUGUUCAAAACAUUGCUAGCUGAACACCUGUUAUUUGAACUAUCUGACAGAUCAACAACUACUUGUUUUAUAAUAUGUUUGAAACACGGUGAUGAUUUCGAUCAUGAUAAUAUAAAAUAUCAAAAGAAUUUGAAGAGAACAAUGUGUAUAGUUGUUUGGAAAUAAGAUAUUGGAAUCGAUUAAGGUUUCACAUUAAUAUUCAAUCUUUCUAUAAUCUGUGUCUGACUUUCUCUUUUUUUUUUGCUCUUUUACUAUCGAUUUGUGAAGUAUUUUAUUCCAAAAAAAUAAUAGAUCAUCUUCUAUCAAACUAGAAAUUUGGUUUAAACAUUAGUGAGUUUAUAUGCAAAAAAUGGAAAUGCUGUUCCAAAUGGCACAGAGAGGAGAUGUUGAGGAACUGAAUCAAUUGCUGAUAAAAUAUCCCCUAAUCCUCCAUCAAAUUCCACUAAUAAGUAUUCAUAAUCCUCUACAUAUUGCUUCUGCACUUGGGCACUUGGAUUUUGCAAAAAAAUUACUGGAACUGAAGCCUGAAUUCGCUAGGCAGUUAGAUGCAGAAGGAUAUAGUCCGAUGCACUUAGCAUGCGCAAAUGGACACGUAGAGAUAGUGAGAGAGUUUAUCAAAGUUGACCCACAUAUUUGCCGUCUUGAAGGAAGAGAAGGAAAGACUCCUCUACAUGUUGCAGUGCUAGGAGGGAGAGUUGUUGAGUUACGAGAAAUGCUCACGAACUGUGAAGGAUGCAUUGAGGAUGUGACUGUGCAGAAGGAGAAUUGUUUCCAUCUUGCCGUCAAGAACUUUCAGUGUAUUAGUUUUCAGGUUUUGUUGGAUUGGGCAAGGGAAAUGCGUAGAGAUGAGGUUCUGAAUAGAAAAGAUGAACAUGGCAAUACUAUCUUGCAUCUCGCCGUAUGGAAGAAGCAAAGACAGGUUCUGGAAAUGCUUCUUACAAACAGCUCUAGCAAUCUGGAAGUAAAUGCCAUAAACAAUAGUCGUUUGACAGCGCUUGAUUUGCUGUUAAUUUUUCCAAGUGAAGCUGGUGACAGAGAAAUUCAAGAUAUACUUCAGGGUGCGGGGGCAUUAAAAUCUCAAGAUCUUGCCCUCAAUAACACGACUUCGCUUUCUUUAACUCGUGAUUCUCCAGUAACCAAUUCAAAUAGUCUCAUUGAGUACUUCAGAUUUCAUGAUGGAAGAGACUCACCAAGUGAUGUUCGUACCACGCUUCUUGUUAUAGCUGUGCUGGUUGUAACAGCAACUUACCAAGUUGGUAUCAGCCCUCCGGGUGAUGUAUGGCAGGAUGAUGAUCAAGUCCAUCUUGCUGGGACUUCCAUACUGGGCACUCAUAACUUAGUGUCUUACAUUCUGUUAGUUUCUUUCAAUUCCAUAGGAUUUAACGUCUCUCUUUACAUGAUUGGUACUUUGACAAGGAAAUUUCCCUUACAGACGGAGCUUCAGAUUUGUCUGUUUGCAUUGUAUGUUACGUUUAAUGUUGCUGUAACUGCUACUUCGCCAAAAAGCGCCAGGUUAUUCACAACUGUGUUCACGUCAGCCUUGCCUACUGCAGUACCAGUGGCCUGUGGUCUACUUCAAAGAUAUGGGGUUAUGGGACGUUUCAGACGUCUGUUUCGUAUUUGUCGUAGAACAAGUUGAAUAUAGGUGCCAUUGAAUUAGUUGAGAUACUUCUGUUUUUCAGAACUUAUCGUAGAUGUAACAUACAGAUUCCGGGAAAGAUGCUCUUACAAUUUGCCUGUACAUAAUAGAUGAAGGUGUUUGAUUUUUUUUCUUGUUGAAAUAGUUAAAAUUUAAGUUUUGAUCAUUUUUGAUGUUAUAAUUGACAAUAAUAGUUAGAAAAAGGAUUUGAUGAAUCUUAUUAUUAAACAUUUUGUUAUAUGUAUGAAUAUAGAUUAUUGAUUGUACAAAACUUUGAGCUCUCUGGCUCUUCACUGUGCAGUAUAGUAGAUUUACAGUAGUUUUCUAGACAGUCUUGCCUGUUGUUGCAUCACAGCCCUGCUACCUGCUACCUGCUACCUGCUACGGGUUCAGGGUAGUUGAAGUAUAUAGUUGGGUGGUGUAUAUUAAAGGGGAACAUAAAGUUAGGGGUCAAAGAAUGAGAAGAAAUACUGAUCUUUUUUUUUAUCUCAUCAUCCUUGCUUGAGGAUUAUGUUCAUUCUAGUUUGGGGCAAAAUAUUUAUAGUUA